UUCAGGUUUUGUCUUUGCAGCACAGUGGAUCCAAAGACCCAUCUCAGUCCCAGUUUGCAUCAUACUGGAAACCCAUACUCUCUAUGGACACAAACUUUUGGCAACGAUGGUUACACAUGCACCGGAUUGCUAUUAUCCUUGAACAUGACUUGCCUGUUCCCAAACACCUGCACACAGCUGGAAACAAUGGCCGCUAUAGCACCAUCCAGUGUCGGAUCUCACACUCUGCUCUCACAUCCUUGCUGAGGGACUGCAGCAGCUUUGUAUUGGUGGAAGGUUACUCAUAUGUCAAACUCAUAUACAGUUCAUCGGAUCAAAUUCCCACAUCCUUUUAUCUUGUCCGUCUGAUCUCUAAGACACCCUGCAUGGUUCUGCGCCUGGGCUUUCCCAUUGGGACACCAGCUAACAUUAGAAACAAGAUUGUGGAUGAGCUGCGUGAGCAAAUCCUGAAGCUUCGCUUCCCUCACCGUGUUCAGAACAAAGAAGCAACACCAAAGGCCAAGAGGAAGACAGUGGGCCAGGUGUCUCCAUCUAAAUCUCCCCUGGUUCCUGUGGUCAAGCCUGCUCUGUCAGAUAGACCCUGUGUAGUGGUCCUCAGCAAGCCUCUUGAGAAGUUGCUGAUAAGGUAUGAGAAACUGCCACAGGACUUCAGGACUCCAUUUAUUUUCAGCAUGGAAAAUUUCCCAGUGCCCUUCAACAGCACUGUGCCCCUCAGCAUGGCAGCCAACCGAACAGCCUCAUCAACUCUGGCCUCGCUAUCACGUUAUUUCUUACACCGGCGGUGGGUGUGGGGAGUACAGAGCAGCCAUGGACCUGCUGUGACCAUGCAGGCUGUUGCUCACAUCCUGUCGAUGCUCUCUGAGAUUCGCCUAUCGGAAGGUUUUCACUUUGCCUCUAGUGGGGAGGGCAUCAUAAACAUGGUGACUGAGCUGCCAAUGAAGAUCAUGUCAGGCAACAGAGAGCAGGAGAGUCACUCUUGUAUUGUUCAGUACAUUCUGUUUCCACCUCACUCAACCUUUAGCAAGGACAGCUUUUCUACAGAUGAUGACAAUGACACAGAGGUGGAAGCUGUGGACAUGGACUCAGAGCUUAACCUGGUGACAGAAUGUUGGGUAGAACCACAGAGUGGCUCAGUGAUGAACUGCAUGGACCAGCAUCGACAUUUCCAGGGCCUCAUAUACCAAGACAUUCCACAAGCUAUUUUCCCAAGGGAUCUGGCAUGCAUGUCCACCAUGAUGACAUUUGAGUAUUUAAAUCAGCUGUGUCAAAAUAAGGACCAGACCUGCUCUCUCCCCACUGCACACAAAGAAGUCCAAGGAGAUGUAACAUUAUCUGAGGACAGCAUCCAAAUGGUUCCCUUCCAGUUUGAUCUUAUCCAACUUCUUCCAAGUUGUCAGCAGGUUGAACUCUUCUUCCUCACAUUCAAUACAGGUGUGGCGAAUGAAGAUCUUAUUCAUAGCACCUCCAGUCCCCCCAAUGAGCUCCUCCUCAGCCUCUUCCACACCAGCCUGGAGCAGGAACUCAGUGACAGAGAGAUCCCGUUAGCUGCAGCUGACUGUUCUGCCUUUGUGAAUCACAUUUUAGAGCGAGAGAGAGAUGACCAUAUCCCUCCUUUCUCUUCGUCUCUUAUUAAAGAAGAAUGUGUUAAACCUACAGAGAGAAAAGACACCAUUGCUGGCAGCAAGGAGGUCUUGGGAUCUACAAGCACUUUACAGAGUUUCAGUAAUGCAGACCUUGUUGAUGAGGAACCUCUGCUGUUAGAAAGAAGCUCAUUCGUACCACAGUGGAGGUGCUAUGCCAAGUACGUUAACUCCCAGCAGCUCCUCCUCACAUUCCUUCCUGCCACCUUUGCAGACGUUCUUAUGUUGAUGGCAUCAACAUUGGAGACUGAGCCUAGAAGUACUGUCAGUAUGCAAGAGGAUGAUACCUUGACUCCCAGCAAUAAAUCUCAGGCAGACUCCCUGUCAGGUUCCACCAGUGGCCCUGAUAAGUCAGAGUCUGGCUACAGCCUGGUCUCUAAACUGCACAGGAGCUCCAGCUGUGGCAACUUCUCAGGCAAGUCGUCUCUCCUUACAUCUCCAUCUGAGAGCCACACUGGGCCUAUAGACUUGCUGCAUGUGGAAUCUGAGAGUUUGGACAGUAGACUAUCUGAGACAGAUACUGGGACAUCAUGCUCAGAUCCUGGAGGAAAAGAAGGAGUCCAGUUUUCUGAACCACAGAAGGAUGAUUUGCGCAUCAGUUUCAGCAGGCAGGUUUCCCAACAGAGCACUAGUGACAGCAGUCAUUUAAGGUGUCCAGUUUAUGUCUACAACUGCUCACUGGAGCACCUGAAAGAGCAACUAAUACACCCUAACUCAAGUUGCCAACCUAAGGACAUCUUUUUCAGGUCAUUAUCUCAAGACCGCAACAGUCCAUCCCCCUGGACAGACCUCCUGUCUCAGCCUUAUAAACAUAAAGAGCUUGCUAAUUACUGCAGCCUGCUCCAAGAACAUUACCACCAGAGUUAUGUUAAAGGUGUGUUCCGUAGCCUGCAGCAAUCCUACAGCAUAAGCUCCCAGGACAUCCUCAUGGCAAUGGAUUAUUGUGAAGAGUCGCUGCAGGAGAUUGACGUCACAGCUUUCCUAAAAACUCUCUGUGGUCACAUGCGGGUUUUUAGGGAGAGUGGCAAGACCCAGAGACUGGGAGGAAGUCUAAAACUUUUAAGGAGACCUGCCACCUUUUGUGUUGGAGAGGUUCAGGAGGAACGAGCAGAAACAUGCAGGCCUGAAAUGGAGGAUAGUUGUGAAGCUGAAUCUAAAGGGAAGGCUUCUCAGUGGAUCCUGGAUGAGUCCAAAAUACCGGCAUUCCCUCUGACCCUGCUACGAACACAACCCGAUUGUGAAGUAUACCCAGAUUUGCACAAAAUCAUUCAGGACAAGUUUCUGAUGAUCCUGUCGCAGUAUUUUAAAAGUGUACCAUCAAACCCAUACUACUACUUCUAUUUUCCUCUGUCAUCCAAAAAAGAGGUGGAGUCUGAGGAUGAUGAGACUGAAAGAAGACUUAAUGAAGAGCUGGUUUCAGAGACAGAGCCUACAAGUGAAGAUGAGAAUGUGUCCGGUUGUUGUCUGAUGGAGAGUGACACAGACCUGGUGGUUGAGUAUGAGGACCAUGUAGGCACCAGCUCACAGGAAGAGGGUGAGGAAUGCUCCCAAUCCGACUCCAAUACUGUCAACCAGGACCAAGACUCCUUCAGCAUCCUGGAUGGAGAGUCUCUCCUAGAGGCUGAGGGGCCGCAGCUGGACAUGCCACCACUGUUUCUUCACGUCACUUGUUCUGUCAACAUGAACAGCAGCCAUGGUUCUAUGCCUAUUCAGACUCUUCCCACAUGCCUUGGUGAGAUUAUCUCCUGUCUGGAUAACGUGGAGACAUUACAGUCUGUUGAUCUGACUGAGCUUUCAGUAACUCUGGAUGUGUUUGUGCUGACUCUGCCUCUGGAAAUUGAAUUCAUGGCUGAUUACCAUCAUAACAGGUACACCUCAGAGAGCAGUGUUUCCCUGAAUCGUUCACCAGGACAGCCUUCUUCCUAUCGCUCUGAUGAGGAGUUGAUGACGGUGUUGGACAAUCUCAGGGGAACUGAUGAUGAAAGGGUCUCUGGCGAUCCCUUAUCCAAAUUUCCUCUUCCUCACAAAUUAGCAAUUCUGGCCACACUUGAUGAGAUCCGCUGGCUGCUGGAGGAUGAGAUUGUUUCUGCUCUGUGUCACUCUCGGGUCAUCAACUCAGCCACACUGCUGAAAGUCGCAGAGCAUGUUUUACGCUCCAGCGGACGACCACACUGCCACUGUGAAGAUGUUCCGCUUCAGUUUGUCUUCGGACCGGAGCAGUCACUGGAAAAGUUCAGAGAGGAGUUCUGCAGAUUGUCAUUCUCUGGCUACAUUUUGAAUGUAGUGCAGGAAAACUUCUACUACAUGUCCCUGAGUAGAAAUCACCCACAGAGGAUCCAGGCCACAAAGAGGUUAUCUGAGACGACCACAACCUCACCGCAAGACAACGAUAGACGUCACAUAGAACCUAUGAUGCUGGAGAGUGAACUGGAGUCUGGAAACAACAAAGAGAGUGAAGACAGGAAGACCUUCAAUCUUCACACAGAUGCUUAUGGGGACACAACUGCUGCCGAAGCCGGAGAAACAGUCCAAGCCAAGAAGCUAGACUCUGAAGAUAUUUCUAGUACAGUGAGGGACCGGAGUCAGCCUAGUCCUCUCCAGCCCGAUUCCUGCAAUCCUGAGUCCAGUUCUCCUCCAAAAACAGCAUCCAGUGUCAGCCUGUCUGAUUCUGCUCAGUCAGCCUCUCUGUCUCACAGUUGCAGCAGACUGAGGCCGAGUCGUGUCCAGAGUGUCGUCUCCAGCCAGGGCAGUCUGGACUCAGACAUGCAGGGUUAUGAUGGCGGAAGCAGUGACUCUGAGUCUGAGAGUCCUGUCCCUGAUGAUCAGGAGGGUCAGUCACCGUCAAUGCCAGACUUCUGGCUCAUUGUUAACAUCCAUAAGGACAGAGUGAAGGUGUACUCUCAUGCCAGAUCCUUGAGUGAAGAAAAAGAAGUUGACGUGGAGCAGCUAGAAAGGAAAGUCGAUGAACACGAGCUUCCUGAAUUCUUAGAACUGCAUCAAACAGUGGUCCGGAGGAUUGGUGAAGUUUGCAGGAUUGUAAAUCAGCGCAUGCUGCUCCAGGACCUGCAUGAUAGCCAUGUAUGUAACACACUGUUGGUGGCAGAAAGUGAGGAGGAUAUCUGGAAGAAUGACUCUCUCUUCAGGCAAAGGCAGAACACCACUGAUGACUACAACACAGAGGAGAGCUACCAGGCCAGAGAUUACUUGGCAGCCACCAUGCAAUUUAUCCCUGGGCAUUUUGCAUGCGACGUUGUGUGGAGUACAGUUAUCCACAUCCAUCCACGCCUCAAGAUGGGCCCCAACAUGGGGGUGUCCAGGGCUAUCCAGGCCCUUCGCUCUGUGCUGAACUCCUUCUCUGUAGUUAAUAGAAAGAACAUGUUUGUCUACCAGGAGCGCACAACUAAAUCAGUCUUCUACCUGAGACUCUGUGAAACCUCACUAAAAGGCAAGUACUCAGACCUGGAUGGAAACCUGCAUCCAACUCGCUCAAUGGGGCUCAUUAGAAGUCAAGAGCCUUUAUAUCCUGAAGACAUAACG